GAACUGACUGACAUCCUAGAGAUCAGUAAUCUAGUGUUCACCACUCUCUCUCUCUCUCUCUCUUUCUCUCUCUCUCCCUCCCUCCCCCCUAGCCCCAGGAGCUGACUGACAUCCUAGAGAUCAGUAAUCUAGUGUUCACCAGUCUCUCUUCUCUCCCUCCCUUCCCCCUAGCCCCAGGAACUGACUGACAUCCUAGAGAUCAGUAAUCUAGUGUUCACCAGUCUCUCUCUCUCCCUCCCUCCCCCCUAGCCCCAGGAGCUGACUGACAUCCUAGAGAUCAGUAAUCUAGUGUUCACCAGUCUCUCUCUCUCCCUCCCUCCCCCCUAGCCCCAGGAGCUGACUGACAUCCUAGAGAUCAGUAAUCUAGUGUUCACCAGUCUCUCUCUCUCCCUCCCUCCCCCCUAGCCCCAGGAGCUGACUGACAUCCUAGAGAUCAGUAAUCUAGUGUUCACCAGUCUCUCUUCUCUCCCUCCCUCCCCCCUAGCCCCAGGAGCUGACUGACAUCCUAGAGAUCAGUAAUCUAGUGUUCACCAGUCUCUCUCUCUCCCUCCCUCCCCCCUAGCCCCAGGAGCGGACUGACAUCCUAGAGAUCAGUAAUCUAGUGUUCACCAGUCUCUCUCUCUCCCUCCCUCCCCCCUAGCCCCAGGAGCUGACUGACAUCCUAGAGAUCAGUAAUCUAGUGUUCACCAGUCUCCUUCUCUCCCUCCCUCCCCCCUAGCCCCAGGAGCUGACUGACAUCCUAGAGAUCAGUAAUCUAGUGUUCACCAGUCUCUUCAGUCUGGAGAUGCUGCUGAAGCUGCUGGCCUUCGGUCUCUUCGGCUACAUCAGGAACCCGUACAACGGCUUUGACAGCGUCAUCGUCAUCAUUAGUGUAUGGGAGAUCAUUGGGCAGGCGGACGGCGGUCUGUCAGUCCUGCGUACGUUCCGUCUGCUGCGUGUCCUAAAGCUGGUCAGGUUCCUGCCCGCCCUGCGCAGACAGCUGGUGGUUCUGAUGAAGACUAUGGACAACGUAGCCACCUUCUGCAUGCUGCUCAUGCUCUUCAUCUUCAUAUUCAGUAUCCUCGGCAUGCAUCUGUUUGGCUGUAAGUUUGGUCUGAAGCUGGACAGUGGAGACACGCUACCUGACAGGAAGAACUUUGACUCGCUGCUCUGGGCUAUCGUCACUGUGUUCCAGAUCCUGACUCAGGAGGACUGGAAUGUGGUCCUGUAUAAUGGCAUGGCCUCCACCUCUCCUCUCGCUGCUCUCUACUUUGUAGCUCUGAUGACCUUUGGGAACUACGUCCUCUUCAACCUGCUGGUGGCCAUCUUGGUGGAGGGCUUCCAGGCGGAGGGUGAUGCUAACAGGUCAGAGGACGACGAUGAGAAACUGUCGACCUUAGAAGAGGAGGAGAAGAUGAAGGAGCUGUAUUCAGCAGAGUUGAAGCUCCAGGCGAUGAUGUUGACCCCUAAUGGCCUUCUGAACCCCCGAGCCUCCAUGCCCCUCCCACCCACACAGUCAACGUGGCAACAGCCGCCGCCACCGUCCCCGCGGCAACGCCCGCCGCUCAUUCUGCACACCGUGGCCACGCCCACAACUUGCGACAGCCAAUCACGGCGGGGCAGCGCCGUCUCUACGGAUACAAGCAACGCCCUGGACCCCAGGUCGCCG